GUCUGUAAGAAAAACAGAAAAAUGUCAACAGGUUCCAUUUCUGCAACUUAGGAUGACAAGGCAAUGCUUACAUAGUCUAUGGUAAACCCUAUUUUAUAUAGAAAUAAUUAUGCCAUGCGCUCAGUUCAAAUGGUUACAAAUAUAGAUAAUAUCACAACUAUUUAACUACGCUGCAGUACUUGUCAACCAUAUGAUCCUAAAAAUACAAUCCUGCUUUUAAGCAUGUAUGAGACAGAGUUUAAGCCAGGAAAAAAUCCUGUAUGUAUUAGUUGAACUUAGCUUUAAAACAGAGUGUCAGAUCAUGGUAUCUUACUACUGAAGAAAGAGGUGAUUGUGUGUAAAUAUUCUUGAACUACAAGAUAGGACCUGCUUCAGGAGAAAACUUUGGAAGUUGGACUUCAAUCAAGCACUUAAUCAGGUAUCAGUCCCCAAGAAGAUUGCCUUUACAAUUCCCAGCAGUACCAAAAUGGCUUGAGACCAUUCCCAAAACUUCUGAAACUGGUAGGACUUAGUAGGCUUUGGACUUCCUUUUUUUUAUUAAUGAGAGCAUUGCUAGUCAUAUUAAUGUAAUAUUUAAGAAUAUAUUGACCAUCUUGUUUCACAUUGAUACUGUUAUUUCUUUUCCACCACCAAAAGCUACUGAGAUUGUCUAUUUUUUAGUGAAUGUCAAAAUUAACGUUCUAAAAUCUACUCAUUGUCAUAAAUCAUUGACAUGGAUUUUCAAAAACGCCAAGCGUCCAUUGCUUUCUGUGUAGUCUGCACUUUUAUACCAUAAUUAUACUUGGGAUUCUGAAGAUUUAGUGUAAAGGUCUUUGGACAACAUUUGAACAGUUAGAAUGAUGUAUAUUUUAAUUUGGCAUCUAACUCAUAUGUAUCUUAAUAUAUGUACUGAAUCUAAAAGUAAACCGAUUGCAAACCACACUGUUUCCUUAUUGCAAUCCUUUCUCUUAUCACAGUUUCUCAUGCCAUUCUGAAAUCAUAUGAAAUCAAUAAAGGUUGCUUAGAAAAUAUUACUGUCUUUACUGUUUAAGCAGGCAUAUAAAAGCCCAGAUGUAAGUUAGAAAUUCAGAAGAAAAUCAAAUCAGAGAACUUAACAGCUUUCAUCAGUACCAGUAGUUUCUUUUUGAAGACGACUGCCUUGCAAGGAGAAAAAAAUGGCAAGUUUGAACUGGAGUUAUCAAGGCAACAUUGGACCUGACCAUUGGCACAAGUUAUACCCUAUUGCCAACGGAGACCGUCAGUCUCCUAUUGAUAUUAAAACCAAGGAAGUCAAAAAAGAUGCAUCUCUGGGGCUUCUCCAGAUAACUUGGAAACCCUCUACAUGCAAAGAGAUUGUCAAUGUUGGACAUUCAUUCCAUGUGAAUUUUGAGGAUAAGGACAAUCAAUCAGUGCUGACCGGUGGACCUCUCACUGGAACGUAUAGAUUGCGGCAGUUUCAUUUCCAUUGGGGCCAAACCGAUGAGCGAGGCUCAGAGCACACAGUGGAUGGAACGAAAUAUGCCUCAGAGCUUCAUCUUGUUCACUGGAAUGCGGACAAGUAUUCGAAUGGAGCUGAGGCUCUUGACAAGCCGGAUGGCUUGGCGAUUGUCACUGUUUUCCUGAAGCUUGGCUUAUUCAAUGAAAACCUGAAAAGUGUCUUGAAGGCCUUGGAUUCAGUAAAGACUAAGGGUAAGCAAGCUCCUUUUUCUGAUUUUGAUCCUUCAAGCCUACUGCCUAAAUCCAUGGAUUACUGGACCUACAACGGCUCUCUGGCUCAUCCUUCCCUCCAUGAGAGUGUCAUCUGGAUUAUCCUUAAAGAGCCAAUUACUAUCAGCUCAGAGCAGCUGGCUCGAUUCCGCACAAUCCUGUCUUCUGCUGAAGGGGAAGCACCUUGUCCCAUACUGAGCAAUUACCGGCAACCCCAACUGCUGAAAGGCAGAGUGGUCAGAGACUAAUUCCAGACAACCAAAGCAAAUCUGGAGCAUGGUCUGCUCAUCAAGAGCAAUACAUCCAAACAAAGACUAUGGAAAAAUGUACCAAAAAUAUGAGAACAUGCCUGUGUUCUUAGCUGCAAUAUCCCUGUCCUGCCAGAAGCUGUUGUUAUUCUCUAUGGCAUUCGGCUGGUGCUUUUACUGGAAUUAAUCUAUAUUCUUUUUGUGGUAGGCAACUAAUCUGUUUUAAUGCAUGAAUUUUAACAGUGAAAUGUACUUAAAAAUUUUUAAUGAAUCUUCACAUUCCUUCUGAUGUACUAAAUAAACAGUGGUGAUAAGAAGCAAUUCAGAGUGAAAUUAGUCAGUACUCAGCUUCCCAUAAGGAGAGUUUAUGCUACAGUAUGAGAUGUCUGUUGGUUUUUGCAAUGAAAUUGCUACUGCUAAUGGCAAUUACUAAUGGGUUAUUGUUGAUUUGGCUAAUAACAAUGAUUUCUUUUUCUAGUUUAGCUGAUAUACACCUGAUUAGAAUUAAAUUAAUAAAGGAAGCUCUUUGAAAUGAAAGUGCUAUGCUAUCAGUGUUUUAAACCAAUUUCUGUGAUAAUUGCUGUUUUAUUUCACUUGCAGUUCUAAUAAAGAAUUAUUAGACAUAUGCCCAUGGAAAAAUAAAGCACCUUGGUCUGGCUGUACAUUUAAGUGACACACUUACAGCACCAGUUUCUUGGGCAGAGCAGUACUCAGCUUUGCAAAUGGCUCCAGCAGUGACAACGGAUUUAAUAGCCAGCAGUGGCAAAGGUCUGAAGAAGAUAAAGUCACUCUACAAGGAACAACAUAAAGCAUUAGAACAGAAAUGAGAUUUCCAGUUGACCUCAUUAUGUAACUUAAAUGUUAUUUGACUGAAAUGACAAAGUACCUUCAUUGAAUUACACAGGUGACUAUUAUCGGUUUUGCAGCACAUGUUGCUACAGAUAUAGUUUCUUCUAUAACAUUUGCAUGCCUUUGACUAUACAGUAAAAGCAGUGCUGUAAACAUUUAUAGUUCCUCACACUUCCUCUAUAAAGUACAGAAAAAUUUCAAAUCCAUGUUCCAAACAUAUUCAAAAGCUGAAUUGCUUUAAGUGCAAAAUACCACCUCUGCUGCAGUCAGGUGCAGUCAGUGGGACAUACUCCUAGGUCCACCUAGGUCCAACAACUGGAUCAAUAAAGCCUUGAUCUGUGACUCGCCACCAUAAUGUAGUGGCAACAAUCAUCAUACCAGAACAUACGAAAUGAAUAACUAAUUACUUGCCUCAAUCAAAUUAUAUAGUACCUGGUUGGAUUGUGUACCCUUGCUGCCUUGUGCCAUUAGCCUGUAAAGCACGAUGACAGAA